UAGAUUAAUCGGCGUCGACAUUCAUUCAUUGAGACAUCGUUUUUUUUUUAAAUAUUUCAGAUACCGCAAGCCUUGCCGUUACCUUUUCUUUAGGAUAAAAUGAGUAUUUUUCAUACAGAAAGUAUCACGAGAUAUAAAGAUGGAUUCAAUUGUUAUGAUUUUUCGAGCAAGGAUCUACUGCAUUAGGAAUUUCAGUUAUUCAGUUAUCAAGUUCAACAGCUUACUUAAAAUUUAAUAUUUGCAUUUGUUCCAGCUGAAGGUUGAUGCGCAGAAAUCUUUGCAAACAACUCGUUUGCUUCAAAAAUUAAAGAAGGCCGUGCAAAUUGACGGAUUUGAUUUAAAAUUAAAUAAAGGAUUGGCGGCAAUUCAACAAGAAUUUCGCGCUUCUAAUCUAGGCUAAGAUUCGCCGACAUUUUUUAAAUUUUUUCUCCAGAAACAAAAGGUCGAAAUGCAAAAUUAUGAGUUGAUUGGACCCUCUGGAUCAUUAUUCAUUAUCGAGACGGAAACAGAAAAUCGGAAUAAUUAUCUUUUUCAUUGAUAUUUUUUUAAUAUUUAGGUUGGUGGAGGAUUUCGUUUUCAAGGAACACAGAAUCAGUUUUCUAAAAAAGGAAUUUUACGUGUGGUCUUGUGUCUUAUAAUAUAAUAGAUCUGCUUAGUUUAGAUGGAAGAAAUUGGAAUCGAUCUGGAUUGCGAAGAUGUUGCGUUGGUAAAGGAUGGCGAUGAACAAUAUUAUGAAUUAUCAUGCUCUGCAAGCAGGGUUCAUGAUGUUCAGAAAAAACUUGAAGAUCGUAAAUUGACCGUAAUUUCAUCGGAACAAGAAAUGCGAGCUCAAUUUAACUGAUUUUUUGAGUUGAAAUAAAGUUUAUAGGUAGAAAAAUUCUAUGCAUUUCUUCAAGAGAAUGAUUAUGUUCUAAAAUUUUUUUCAGAAUUUUUUUAAUUUCAGUAUUCUACAAAUUUUUCUUUAGCAACUCA